ACAACAACUGCAGCUCCUACUACGACAACAACUGCAGCUCCUACUACGACAACAACUGCAGCUCCUACUACGACAACAACUGCAGCUCCUAGUACAACAACAACUGCAGCUCCUAGUACGACAACAACUGCAGCUCCUAGUACAACAACAACUGCAGCUCCUAGUACGACAACCACUGCAGCUCCUGCUACGACAACCACUGCAGCUCCUACUACGACAACCACUGCAGCUCCUACUACGACAACAACUGCAGAUCCUACUACGACAACAACUGCAGCUCCUACAACAACAACAACAACUGCAACUCCUAGUACAACAACUACAGCUCCUAGUACAACAACUGCAGCUCCUAGUACAACAACUGUAGCUCCUAGUACAACAACUGCAGCUCCUAGUACAACAACAACUGCAGCUUCUAGUACAACUACUGCAGCUCCUACUACGACAACAACUACAGCUGCUACUACGACAACAACUGCAGCUCCUAGUACAACAACCACUGCCGCUCCUACUACGACAACAACUGCAGCUCCUACUACGACAACAUCUGCAGCUCCUAGUACGACAACAACUGCAGCUCCUAGUACGACAACCACUGCAGCUCCUAGUACAACAACAACUGCAGCUCCUACUACGACAACAACUGCAGCUCCUACUACGACAACAACUGCAGCUCCUACUACGACAACAACUGCAGCUCCUAGUUCAACAACUGCAGCUCCUACUACAACAACUGCAGCUCCUAGUACAACAACAACUGCAGCUCCUAGUACAACAACUGCAGCUCCUAGUACAACAACAACUGCAGCUCCUAGUACAACAACCACUGCAGCUCCUAGUACAACUACUACUGCAGCUCCUACUACGACAGCAACUGCAGCUCCGAGUAUAACAACUGCAGCUCCUAGUAUAACAACUGCAGCUCCUACUACGACAACAACUGCCGCUCCUAGUAUAACAACAACUGCAGCUCCUAGUACAACAACCACUGCAGCAACUACUACGACAACAUCCGCAGCUCCUACUACGACAACAACUGCAGCUCCUACUACAACAACUGCAGCUCCUAGUACAACAACAACUGCAGCUCCUAGUACAACAACCACUGCAGCUCCUACUACAACAACAACUGCAGCUCCUAGUACGACAACAACUGCAGCUCCUAGUACAACAACCACUGCAGCUCCUAGUACAACAACCACUGCAGCUACUAGUACAACAACCACUGCAGCUCCUACUACAACAACAACUGCAGCUCCUACUACGACAACAACUGCAGCUCCUAGUACAACAACAACUGCAGCUCCUAGUACAACAACCACUGCAGCUCCUAGUACAACAACCACUGCAGCUCCUAGUACAACAACCACUGCAGCUCCUACUACGACAACAACUGCAGCUCCUACUACGACAACAACUGCAGCUCCUACUACGACAACAACUGCAGCUCCUAGUACAACAACUGCAGCUCUUGGUACAACAACAACUGCAGCUCCUACUAUGACAACAACUGCAGCUCCUAGUAUAACAACAACUGCAGCUCCUAGUACGACAACCACUGCAGCUCCUACUACGACAACAACCACAGCUCCUACUACGACAACAACUCCAGCUCCUAGUACAACAACAACUGCAGCUCCUAGUACAACAACCACUGCAGCUCCUAGUACAACAACCACUGCAGCUCCUAGUACAACAACCACUGCAGCUCCUAGUACAACAACCACUGCAGCUCCUACUAUGACAACAACUGCAGCUCCUACUACGACAACAACUGCAGCUCCUAGUACAACAACUGCAGCUCCUACUACGACAACAACUGUAGCUCCUACUACGACAACAACUGCAGCUCCUACUACGACAACAACUGCA